AUGGCGGUAGCACCACAGCUGCCUUUACCUACUACAAACCAACCGGUCACACAACUUUUUCGCAAACUUGAGACGGUAGGGAAAGGCGCCUACGGGAGUGUACACCGCGGCAUCCAUAUUCCAUCAGGAUGCGUCGUCGCCCUCAAAAUCAUCAAUCUCGACACCACGGAUGAUGUUAGCGAGAUACAAGGGGAGAUUGCGUUAUUGAGCCGAUUGAACGGCGGGGAUCAGUGCAAUGUGACUCGGUACUGGGGAUGCUGGUUAGAAGGAGCAAAUGUGUGGAUUGCGAUGGACUACGCAGCCGGUGGAAGCAUCCGGACACUUAUGAAAGCUGGCAAGAUAGAAGAACGAUACACGGCGGUUGUGAUACGAGAAACACUCGUCGGCGUGUCUUUCUUGCACCGUCAAAACAUCAUCCAUCGAGAUAUAAAAGCUGCAAAUAUUCUGCUGACCUCUGCUGGACGGGUCAUGUUAUGCGACUUCGGAGUGUCAGCACUCCUGCCCUCAGCCAACAGCAAGCGGAUGACCAUGGCUGGCACGGUACUCUGGAUGGCUCCUGAGGUGAUCAGCCCGUCCUCAUCAUACGACACGAAAGCGGACAUUUGGUCUCUGGGAAGCACUGUCUACGAGAUCGCUACAGGCGAUCCACCUAUGCGUGCUAACCCCUUCGUCGUGAUGCCGAACACACCACCACCGGUCCUUCCUCCACAAGCGGGAAGCGAGGAGAUGAGAGAAUUCGUUGCAGCUUGUCUGAGGGAGAAGCCAAGUGAUCGUUUGACAGCUGAUGAUCUCCUCAAACACAAGUGGUUGAAGCCGUAUGCCAAGAAGCCCGUAUCGUUGCUCAAGGAGCUUAUCCUUCGC